AUAUAUAUAUAUAUCUGUACGUAUCUGUAUAUCUGUAAUUACAAGUGAGACAAGUAUCAUGUUGUUCAUGAAGGACAAUAAACCCUCGUCUUCUUUUCCGAUUCCGACAACCUUACUGCUUCUGCUCAUUUUUAUCGCCACCUUUUCAUCGCCAGCUCGAGCGGCGGGAGGUGCGAAUCAAAACGACAUCGUUUCAUGGCUGAGAGAGAUGGCCGUUCUGGUCGGCAACAACAGUAACGGCUCCGGAAACGGCGUCGUGUCGUUGCCGUGGCUGAUUCAGAAGACUUCUCUGGUCAAUCAUAAUGCAACCACCAAAUCCGCCGCACGUGCCAACGAAACGGCGGCGGCGACGCCGUUAGUGCUGGCGGCGGACAGAACUCGUAGAAAGGAUCCGACGGAUGGCCUCCGUUAUUACGACGGCGGAUGGAAUAUUAGCAAUACCCAUUACAUAACUUCUGCGCUCUUCACCGGAUUCCCUCUUUUCCUCAUCGCCGGAAUAUGGUUCCUCGGAUUCGGAAUAUUCUUGCUGCUGGCCUGCGCCGCCGCGUGCCGCCGCCGCAAGCCCCAGAAUAACGGCGGCGGCGGCGCCCCUUACGCCUACGCUCUGUCCCUCGUCUUGCUCGUGCUGUUCACAGUUGCUGCAAUAGUUGGGUCGGGUGUUCUCCUGGCGGGGCAGGAGAAGCUCCACGUCAGCACGAGGGAGACAGCGGGGUUCGUGGUGGGGGAGGCGGAUACGACGGUGGAGAAUCUGAGGAACGUGUCGGAGUAUCUGAGGAACGCCAAGGGGGUGGCGGUGGACCGGAUGUUUCUUCCCCAGCAGGUGCAGGACAAAAUCGACGAGGUCAACUCUAUGAUUUCGUCGGCGGCGGACACUCUGGGAACGGCGACAAAUGACAAUAAGGACAACAUAUUCCGGAUUCUCGACACUGUGCGGGUAGUUCUGAUUGUGGUUGCGUCUGUGAUGCUUCUGCUGGCUUUACUCGGACUCGUGUUGUCGAUUUUGGGCAUGCGGCGUCUGGUCUACGCAUUGGUGGUCCUUGGUUGGAUACUCGUCGUCUUAACUUUCACCAUUUGUGGAGUAUUUCUCGUUCUCCAUAACGUGAUGGGGGACACGUGUACGGCGAUGAAUGAGUGGUCGGCGAAUCCGACGGUCCACACGGCUCUGGACGAGAUCAUCCCGUGCGUGGAGGAGGCGACGGCGGAGGAGGCGGUGUCGGAAAGCAAGGCGGUGACUUUCCAGGUGGUGCAGCUCGUUAACCUCAUCAUCCGCAACCUCUCCAACGCCAACAAUCGUCUCAUCAACUACAACCAGUCGGGCCCCCUGGUCCCGGCCCUUUGCAGCCCCUACAACGGAGACCUCACCGACCGCACGUGCGCCCCGGGGGAGGUCAGCCUGGGCAGCGCCGGGGACGUGUGGCGGGCACACGUGUGCCGGGUAUCGGGCGGCAGGUGCGUCACGGCGGGGCGACUCACGCCGGAGAUGUACGAGCAGAUGAGCGGCGCGGCGGCGGUGAGCUACGGGCUGCACCAUUACGGGCCGUUCCUGGCGGAGCUGGUGGACUGCACGUUCGUCCGGAGCACGAUGAGGAGGAUACACCGGGAGCACUGCCCCGGGCUGAGGAAGUACAGCGAGUGGGUGUACGUGGGCCUGGCGGUUGUGUCGGCGGCGGUGAUGGUGGCGCUGAUACUGUGGGUGGUGUAUGCCCGGGAGAGGCGCCACCGGACCUACUGGAAGAUCGGGAGCAGCCCCACCCGGGGAUCUACCUUCUAGAACCUUGCUGUCUACUGUUUGGGAGUUUUGCUUCUGGGAAUAUAUAUAUAUACAUGUAUGUAUGUAUAUAUAUAGAUAUAUAUAUUGGACUUGAGAUUUAGGAGCACAGUUAGUUCGCUUACAGAAGAAAUGAAAAAUAAAAACGGUGUGUUUUAUUGUGCUUUGGUUACUUCA